CCAAGCAAAGCAUAAAUUAAAUUCUUUUGGUUAGCCGAUCGGUAUAAGGAUACCUACAUAAUUUUUUUUCUUUAGAUAUCUGUUUUAUUUUUAUAAAGUUCCAAAAUCUUAACUUACUGUCUUCUUUUAAAACCAUAAAAUAUUGUUAAGAAAUUAUCAUGGGCUUAGCUGAAACAUUACAAGUUGAUGCAUUACUUAGCGAUGUUCAAAGAAUGGACAAGCGACAGUUUCUCUAUCAAAUACUAAGUUUUGGUAUGAUUGUAUCAUCGGCUCUAAUGAUUUGGAAGGGUUUAAUGGUUGUUACAGGAAGUGAAUCUCCAAUUGUAGUUGUACUUAGUGGUAGUAUGGAACCAGCUUUUCAUAGGGGGGAUUUACUUUUCUUAACAAAUUACCGUGAUGAACCUGUUCGUGUAGGAGAAAUUGUUGUAUUUAAAGUAGAAGGUCGGGAUAUACCGAUUGUUCAUAGAGUCAUUAAAUUACAUGAGAAGGAAGAUGGAACUGUUAAAUUCUUAACAAAGGGAGACAACAAUUCAGUAGACGACCGAGGAUUAUAUGCGCCAGGACAACUUUGGCUAAAUAAGAAAGACAUUGUUGGAAGAGCGAGAGGUUUCCUUCCGUAUGUAGGAAUGAUAACAAUUUAUAUGAACGAAUAUCCAAAUUUAAAAUAUGCAAUUCUUGGAAUAUUAGCUAUUUAUGUGCUGCUGCAUCGGGAAUAGUAAAUGUAUUAUAAAAAAUUUUAACAUCCAUUUGAAUGAAAGUUGUUGUAGAAGUAGCACAAAUCCAGUAACUCUUUGAAAACAUUCUUCAACCGUUCUUCAAUUUUCAAAUAAAAUUUAUUAAAUAAUGUUUAUCAAAUAUAAUAUGGGAAUUCAGUACCGUAAAUUAAAAAAGAUUAUUUAAAAACUGAAAAAUGACAAUUAGAUAAACUAAAGGAAAUAUAUCCACAUGAAAAUAAUGCAUUUUUUUUAUUAAUAUAGUGCGUAUGUAACAAAAACAUGUUUUGAUUUUUAAAUUUUCGUUAUUUUUAGCAUAACAGAAAUCGUUUAAUGUAUAAUAGUAAUAAUAAUAAAAAUUCAUAUAUUACAGAGAAAGAAAUUGAUGAUAAUUUUAAGUAUAUUAAUUAUUAAGAAGAAUUUCAAAAACCUGAAGAAAAAAUGAAAAAAUAAAGAAA